AUGCCCACUAUCUCAAUCGACAAGGCCGCUCUCUUCAAGGAGCUGGGCCGGGAGUACACUACGGAAGAAUUCGAUGAGCUGUGCUUCGAAUUUGGCAUUGAACUCGACGAAGAUACCACAGACCAGGACCGCCCGGUCGUCGACGGCGUGCAGGAACCCCCGCAGCUCAAGAUUGAGAUCCCCGCCAACCGAUAUGAUUUGCUGUGCUUCGAGGGCAUUGCGCUGAUGCUCAACAUCUUCCUGGGGCGGAAGGCUCUGCCCGACUACAAGUUGGUCCCCCCUGCUAACGGCCAACUCCAGGAGAUUAUUGUGAAGGAAGAUACCACAAAGAUCAGGCCUUAUGUGUCGGGCGCCAUUCUCCGAGGUAUUAAGUUCGACAAGGCUCGCUAUGAAUCCUUCAUUGCCCUCCAAGACAAGCUUCACCAGAACUUGGCCCGCCAACGGACUCUGGUCUCAAUCGGUACCCACGACCUGGAUACUGUCCAGGGACCAUUUACCUACGAGGCCCUCCCCCACAAGGACAUCAAGUUUGUUCCGUUGAACCAGACCCAGGAGAUGAACGGCGAGGAAUUGAUGACCUUCUACGAGAAGCACCAGCAAUUGAGCAAGUUCCUGCACAUUAUUCGGGACUCUCCCGUGUACCCGGUCAUCUACGACUCGAAGCGCACUGUCUGCUCUCUGCCGCCCAUUAUCAACGGUGAUCACUCUAAGAUCUCCCUGGACACUACCAAUGUCUUCAUUGAGGUUACUGCUGUUGAUCGGACAAAGCUUGAAAUUGUGAACCGGAUGGUUGUUACCAUGUUCUCCCAAUACACCUCGGAGCCGUUCACCAUUGAGCCCAUCAAGAUUGUGUCAGAGCACAACAAUGAGACCCGAGUCACCCCUGACAUCGCUCCUCGCACCGCUCAGGCCGAAGUGUCCUACAUCAACGAAUGCUGCGGCUUGAGCCUCUCUCCCGCGGAGAUCAGCAACCUCUUGACCAAGAUGGCCUACCGCGCCAAGCCCUCGAUUAACAACGCCGACUCCAUCGAUGUUGAGAUUCCCCCGACCCGCGCCGAUGUGCUCCACCAGUGCGACAUCAUGGAGGAUGUCGCUAUCUCCUACGGCUUCAACAAUCUCCCGCGCUCGUUCCCUAGCAAGUCUGGCACCGUUGCCCAGCCCCUUCCCAUCAACAAGCUCUCCGAUAUCGUCCGUGUUGAGGCUGCCAUGGCCGGCUGGACUGAGGUCCUGCCCCUGAUCCUUUGCUCGCACGACGAGAACUUCCGCUGGCUGAACCGUAAGGACGACGGCAACACCGCCGUCAAGCUGGCCAACCCCAAGACCACCGAGUUCCAGGUUGUCCGCACCAGCCUGCUCCCCGGUCUGCUGAAGACCAUUCGUGAGAACAAGGCCCACAGCGUGCCCAUGAAGAUUUUCGAGGUCAGCGAUGUUGCUUUCAAGGACCUGUCCCUGGAGCGCAAGAGCCGUAACGAGCGACACUUUGCUGCUGCUUUCUACGGCAAGAGCAGUGGUUUCGAGAUCGUUCACGGUCUGCUUGAUCGCGUGAUGUCUAUGCUGAAGAGCGCUUUCAUGACUGCCGAGGAGGGCUUGAACAACCCCGCGAUUGGUGACUCACAAUACUACAUCAAGGAGCUAGAUGACCCCACCUACUUCCCCGGUCACAGCGCCUCCAUCCACCUGCGUGUUGGUGGCAAGGACCACGUCAUUGGCGCCUUCGGUAUCCUGCAUCCCACCGUGCUGGGCAAGUACGAGCUCAAGUACCCUGUCAGCACCCUGGAGAUCAACAUCGAGCCUUUCCUGUAG